AUGCUGACACUCCCGUUUAUCAAUAAUGGAAACAAAUCAAAUACCGGAUCUUCCCAUCUACCGGGCAGAUUAACAGCAUUAAUUGUUUCAAUAUUGGUUGCUCUUGCGUCAGGCACACCAUAUUUGUAUGGGGUCUAUUCCCCACAGUUUGUAAAACAAGUGGGAUUGACUACUUCUGAUUCAGCAACAAUAUCUUUGGCAACAAAUUUGGGCUCGGGAGUAGGUGGACUACCAGGAGGGUUAAUAAUUGACCAUUUUGGUCCACAAAAGAGUAUAUUAUUGGGGUCAGUUUGUAUAUUUAUUGGUUAUUUUGCCAUGCACAAAAUCUAUGAAGCCAAAUAUGACAAUUUAUUGAUCAUUUGCCUUGCAAUGGUCCUUGCAGGAUUUGGAUCAAUCACUUCCUAUUUUGCCACAUUGAAAGCUUCACAAUCAAAUUUCCCCAAACAUCGAGGUGCAGCUGGUGCGUUCCCUGUUAGUGCGUAUGGGUUUGCUGCGACUAUAUUUUCAAUUAUUUCAGCAACUUAUUUCAAAGGAAACUCUGGAGGAUUAUUGGAAUUUCUAUCAAUCUUUUGUGGUAGCAUGACAUUUUUAGGGUCUUUUUUCAUUCACAUUUAUUUGGACCAUCAUGAUGAUCGUGAGAUGGACCCUGAAAUGUCAAGUCCAGAAUUUGUGUCAUCUCCUUCACCAAACUAUUACAAUAUUGAAUCUGCUUCAUCGAGAAGUCCUAGAAUAGAAGAAGAGAUUUCGUUACUAAGUGAAGGAAACUCUGUAAUUGAACCACCAGCCACAACAAUGAGUAGACAAGAUUCAUUACAAGGAUCUAUUUCAUUUUGGGGUAUUGGUCAAAGAACACCUAGAGAAUCUAUCAGUUUGCAGGAAUCGGAAGCUAAUAACAUUGUCGAGAGUCUUCGAAAUGAAAAUGUACCUAAACAACAGCAGGAAGAGCAACUGAAGGAUUCCAACAAACUGUGGCUCAACCUCAUUUCAGUACCCGAAUUUCUCCAAAAGGAAAACGGAAGAAUAUUUGCUAUCCAUUACUAUAUUGUCUCAUUAGCCAGUGGUAUUGGUCAAAUGUACAUUUAUAGUGUAGGAUUCAUUGUCACAGCACAAUAUUAUUAUGGCAAGAACAAGAUAGAAAAUUUAACAACCGAAAACCAUAGAUUUAGCCGUAAUGAUAUUCAUCAUGAUCCAAAUGUUGAUGAUACAGUACAAACAUUACAAGCCCUUCAAGUCUCAGUAAUUUCGAUUGCAUCAUUUCUGGGCAGAUUGUUUUCUGGAUUCUUGAGUGAUUACAUCUAUAAAAAAUGGCAUAUUCAACGAUUAUGGAUCGUCCCAGUAACCCUUGUAUUUCUAGCGUUAGGGCAAUAUUUAACUAUCCAAAAUGUAAAUGACUUACAUCUUGUCACCCUUGCUUCUGCCCUUAUUGGAGGAAGUUAUGGUCUUAUAUUUGGAACAUAUCCCGCAGUGAUUGCCGAUCGAUUUGGCACUCGUCUGUUUUCUACAUCUUGGGGGUUGGUGUGUACAGGGCCUUUAAUUACAUUAUGGAUUUUGAAUAAAUCUUUUGGCAAACUAUAUGACGCCAAUUCUGAUAGUGAUACCGGAAUUUGUUAUUUGGGGAAUGGUUGUUAUCAAGGUGCCUUUGAACUAAGUCUAGUCCUUUGUGGUAUGACAUUUGUGGUGACAUUACUUUUGAUAUAUAUACAGAGAAAGCAAUAA